AUGCCCAGCCCUAGAAAUGAAGGUAAUAGCUAUGAACCCAAAUGCACUGAAGAGCUAGAAACAAGGAAUAUUGCCCUCGUUGCAAUUCAGCAACCAGCUACGACUAGCCGGUCAAACUCUAACCCUUUUGAAUAUUUAUCUGAUGAGAAAUUUGCUUUGUUUGUGAGAAAAUUUAAAAGGUUUAUGCGAAAGAACAACUUCCAAGAGUUCCAAGCAUCGCCAAAUUCCUCGAGUCGAAAGUACACCGAGAGAUCAACUCAUACUAAGAAACAGGAACCGGAGGAGGCUCAAGUAUUGUGCUACAAUUGUAGAAAGCCGGGACAUUUCAAGGAAAACUGUCCUCAUCCAAUGGUCCGCAGACACCAUAACCAAGAACCAAGCACAAGUUCUCCUAACGACAGAAAAGACGUCACCGAAACAAGCAGAAGGAAUGCAAAACACGAAACCAAUCAGUCAAGAAAUGAUAGAAGACGUAAAGCAAUGGUCGUCAAUGAAACAAAUGAAGUGGUUGAACCCGAACUGAGUACGUCAAACUCGAGCUCGGAAAGCGAAAGUUCUGAAGACGAAAAGGGACUUCUAUGUCUAUACAGCCAGAAAGAAAGUGACGACAACUUGUGUUUGAUGGCAAAAGAUAACGAGGUAGAUUCUCAAUCCUCUUCAUUUACCCAAAUUGAAUCUAGCUUAGAAAGUGAAGAAGGUUCCGUUGAUUCAGUAAAAAAACUGAUGAGGGAUUUCAAGGUAGUGAAAAACACAUACUCUAAAAUAAAGGAAGAGAACUCUUGA